CCUACUACUAUUGCUGUGUGUGUGAAGCUGUUUUGGACCCUAGCCAUUUGUAUUGUAGACGAAUUAGCUUUGAAAAGGUACAGAAUCUUCAGGGCAUUAGCGCGGCCGUCCGCGAUGUCCUCUCGCGUCAGGGCGAUCACGCGUUGCCAUACGUGCACAACAUUUGUUACAAGCGCGUGCUAGCUUGUCAGUCAGCAGCAACUCGCAGCGUGCCAAACGCGAAGGAGAAGGCGCGCCGGCUGAGCUUGGGCGUGGGCCCGACGAGCAAGCGCCAGCGGCCAAGCAGCCUGGCGGAGGCGGAGGCGGAGGCGGAGGAUGAUGGGGAUGAUGGUGGGGAUGUGGAGGUGGUGGUAGGGGGAAAGGGUGUGCUGGUGCUUGGCAAGCGGCGGCGUGUACCGCUGCCGCAGGCGGACGUGCCUUCCAGCAUGCCGCUUGCUGAGGGGGAGCCUUCUCUGGCUGGCAAACCUGACUGGCAGCCACUGCUGUCAGCCAGCGUCCCGCACUCGUCAGGUGUAUACUGGAUCGGGCUACGACGUGACGGCAAGGUGGUGCCAUUGUACCACGGCCAGGCCAGCCACCUAGAUGAGCGUGUAGCAGAUCACCGCAGGGCGCUUGAGGGGCGUGGCCCAGACACGCCAGGCGUGUACUGGGGCCUGUUUCUGGCAGCACAGGUGGGCGCGGUUGUGGUGCGGUGGGAGGAGACGGUGGAGCCCAAGGAGGCGGAGGCCCGUGAGCUCAGCAGCCGCAACUACGCGUUCAACUGCAACGCCAACGGCGGCUACCGCAUCAAGGCUGGUCUGCAGGCGGUGGGCAUCAGCCCUGCGGAGGUGCAGGAGGCCUGGGCCAAGCUGGCCAAGCUGUAAACACAAAUCGGGACACUCCUGUCGUGUCAGAUCCGUAGUCCGACAUUUG